UGGAUUGAGCGGGUCUGAGCCGGGUUCCCAGAGGGCUGCGCGUCCCCGGCCCGUCGGCGCUGUCAUGGCGGCUGUGCUGAAGAAGACCACCGGCCUUGUGGGAUUGGCUGUAUGUGAGAGUCCACACGAGAGGCUAAGAAUAUUGUACACAAAGAUUCUUGAUGUUCUUGAGCAAAUUCCUAAAAACGCAGCAUAUAGAAAGUAUACAGAACAGAUUACAAAUGAGAAGCUGAGUAUGGUUAAAGCGGAGCCAGAUGUUAAGAAAUUAGAAGACCAACUUCAGGGUGGCCAACUAGAAGAGGUGAUUCUUCAGGCUGAAAAUGAAUUAAGUCUGGCAAGAAAAAUGAUACGGUGGAAACCAUGGGAGCCUUUAGUGGAAGAGCCUCCUGCCAACCAAUGGAAAUGGCCAAUAUAAUCAUCAUUAAAUGACUAGUGUGUUGAUGGGAAAUGGAUGUAAUUAAAUGUUCUGUUAUAUUAAAAAAAAUUUCCAUAUUAUUGACAUCUUACAAUCAAGAAAACUAAUACAGAACAUAUUUAGGAGACUUCUUAAAAUUAAUGACUAUGGUAAUAGGGUCUUAUGAAUUCAGUUUUGACAUGUAAAACAUUCAUUCAAAUUAUUUCAAAGAUCUUUUUUUUUUUUGGUUUUGUGUUUUAAUAUGUAUUUCAGAGAGGCUGUGUAAAUAUUUGAAAAUUACUUGGAAAAGUUCCCAUAGAUUUUCUUUUUUUUUUUCCCCAUAGAUUUUCAAUGCAGAGGCCAUAAUCAUAAUGUGAAAUAUUAGUAGUAGUAUCUUCAACACAUCAUUUAAUGGUUUUUGUCCUGAAAAAAGAUGAGAUACUUAAUUAUUGUUUAGACAAAUUUAUAGGUCACUAAAGAGAAGAAGUAAGAGUAAAAACCAUCAAAUUAUAGUUGUACAGUUGAGGAAAUUGAUUUGGUAUUUGAAAGAUUUAUUGAUAGUGGGAAUUGGAAAAACUUUUCCUUCUGCCUCAUUUAAAGAAGUUAACUUUCUGUUCUUUAGCCUUUAGUUUUCUUGAUCAACCAAAGUACAUCAGGAUAGAGAUAGAAUUUAUGUAAAAGGAGAGACACCAAGAGUUUCUUUAUCUGACCUAUGGAUAAGUUUAUAUCCAGAGCAUUUCAGUCAUACAUGGGUUAUAACUUCAAAGUGGAAUCAUUAAGUUUUCACUAAGUUCCAAUAUGAAUGCAGUUGGCUAUCAAACUGAAGAUAAAUGCUAAUUCAAGGAAAGAAAGAGUUGGCAUAAAUUACUUUUCAUGUGUCCUCACCCUUUCUUCCUAGACCCUAUCAUUUCUAAAUACUUAAAUUUGGUAUUUUUUUAACAUCAAAGAUAGUACUUUUAUGUAUGUUUGUACAUAUAUAUGUUUUUGUGUGUUUUCCUAUCCCUGUGGCAAAGCAGAAUCAUUCAGAAUUCUCAGGAUGAGAAAAUUUUAUUUUUUCCAAUAUGUUUUUCCCCUUACCUGUAAAUUCAAUGGUCAGUAAAUAUUAAAUGAAGUGGUUUGAGUUAC